GCUGCGCGCUCGGGGCGGGGAGGCUUCCCCGGAGUUGUUCCCGGCGCCGCAGCUCCUCCCAGGCGGGAGUUUCUCGGAGGAGAAGCGAGCGCAGGUGGAAGGUCUCCGUGAGAGGACCGGCGGGGGCGGGCGAGAGGGAUGCUGCGGCGAAGGAGGGAAGCCGCCGGCAUCUGCCCGAACUCGGCUUCCAAGCAGCGGAUCCAAAGGUCCCAAUUACGUUCGGGGAACUUCACCAACCGAGGCUGUUUCCCCUCUCAAACCAAAAGGGAGACAAAUUAAGUCGGUAAAGGAAGAAGGUUCGGGGCCCUAACCUGGCUUGAACGGGGUGGCAAUUCUUCCACAUCUAGCUCAUCUCUGCACAUGCUCAGAGGCAGCCUCCAAAAUAACAGCGCCUGCCUUGUUUCCCAGCCCACCGGGCCAGGACGGCUGAUGCAGGCUGUGGCACCUGAGGAGGUUUUGGGAGUCUUUCUAGAAUGCAACAGGCCAAGUCACACCUGGAUGACAUGUUCCUUUUCUAUCCAGGAGGCUACACCCUGCCCAUCCACACCCCGUGAGGCCAGCCCUCUGAGGAGCCACAGCUUUGCUCCUGCAAGCCUCUCCCCCACUCUUCUGCAGAGCCAGGAGGCCAAAGAGCAGCUCGCCUUGAACCCCCAAAGUGGGGAGAGGGCUGGAGGCAGCCGGGGCUCAGCCACCCCUCUUCGGGAUAACCCCAACAACCUCAAUCUCCCGCCAGCCUUCGGCCUGCUCCCCUGGAGGACAUGCCCUGGUCUAGGUCGCCUGGUGGAGGCAGAAGGACAGCAGCUGCCAGACGAGCCUGGUGUGAGGACUGACUCCCUGGAGAGGUUCACAUGCCUAGAUUGCCACAAGCCCUAUAGCACUUUUUCCGGCCUGGCCCGGCACCGGCAGCAGCACUGCAAGCCGCAAGCUGCAGCAACAACCAGGUUCUUCAGCUGCAAAUACUGCAACAAGGGGUACACCAGCCUGGGGGCCCUCAAGAUGCACAUCCGGACUCACACACUACCUUGUGUGUGCAAGAUUUGUAGCAAAGCCUUUUCCCGGCCUUGGUUGCUACAGGGCCACAUCCGGACACACACAGGUGAAAAGCCCUAUUCCUGCUCCCACUGCAACCGAGCGUUUGCCGACCGCUCCAACCUCCGUGCCCACCUGCAGACGCACUCGGAGAUCAAGAGGUACCAGUGCUGCGCCUGCUUAAAGACCUUCUCCCGGAUGUCACUGCUUUUGCGGCACAAGGAGGCCGCCUCCUGUGCCAUAGCCACCUGAGGCUGGCAGAGAGAACAUGGCUGUUCCUCAGCAGGAGAGGCUUUGGAUGAGCGAAGACCUGCAAUCUGGAGGCUGGUUGCAUCCUGCAGCAGGAAUCGGUUAUCUGACUGUGCGUACCUUCACUCCAAAUAAAGCAGUAAAAGGAAUUGUGUCCUCAGAUGAUUUUAAAUUCCUUCCGUGAAUUGCUCUCCUGUAAAUCUACCCAAACAGCAUGUCUUGGUGCGACGGCAUCUUCUGGGAUCCAGGAUGGUUUAAUCACUUGAGCACCAGAGAUGGUGUUCUCCAGUUGGCUUCCUCUUUGGCCCCAUGCUGGAGAGGCGCUCAGAAACACCAAAGCAUUGUCUGCUUCCAUCUGCUAGUCUUGACAUUAAAAGCUGCUCAUCUCCCACUUCUGGCCUGAGUUGUUAUGGCUUUUCUGGAUGCUGAUAAAUCUCCCCCAUCCUUUGCUGGAGUGGAUGGGAGGUCUACA